UUAUUUUAUUCGUCGCCAUGAAGAUCAACCAUCAACACUGGUGAAAUUUCGUGUCUGAUGAAACAAUAAAGCUGAAAAUUUAAUUUUUUUGUUGAGUUUAGCGGCCAAAGCUUCACGGCAAAAUGUCCAACCUGGAUUUCAGCAAUACCUGGUUGACCAAUCAGCUAAUAUGUGCUACUGUAAACGAAGUAAGUGCCAGAAUUUCCUGGUUCUGGCCGGUUUAUGUGGGUAAUUUUCCGUGCGUUGCUCGAUACGACGAUUUCCGCAACGUCCGUGAAUACUUCGCUUCCAAAGGACUUCUCGUGCGGUGUGCGUUCCGGGUGAAGGGACAGAUUGUCAAUGGAAUCUACGAUAUGUUGGUUUACUUUGCAACGGAAGGUGAGGCCCAUUUUGCUAUCGAUCACUGCCACCGGGAUACUUAUGGAGGGUACACGUUGAACGUUUUUCCCGGAAGGGUGCCGCUCCAUUUCGACCCGACUCGGAGCUUUAUGUUCGACACGAAAACAGAAUUCAGUGUUUACGGUCUACAAUCCUUCGAAAAUUAUGUGGCGUCAUUGAAUCCAUCAGCGAAGAUCACUUCCUCCGUGAAGAUCGAUUCCGAGUACGGGACCGUAGAGUUUGCAACCCGCGAGCAAAUGAAGCGAGUAAUGAAGGCCAACCAGUUCGAGGUAAAACCGCUAUUCAAGGUCAUGCAAAUCCAACGUUUCCUGGAGAAAGAUCUGUUGGACAAAAUCGAACUUUAUUUGGAAUCGAUCCCGAAUGGACUCCGAAUCAAUCAGGGGGACCAGUUUAUAACUACGGUGCUGGAAGUCAAACAACCUGCUCCGGUACGAAAAAUAGAGCAUCACCGUAGAAACAAGGAAAGAGAAUACAGAAGGGAAAAUCACCGCAUCAUCAAAAGACUCAAGCAGGGGCGUGCUCCGGUAUGCCACUACCGGAAUCCAAAGGAUGUCAAACAUUUCUAUUGGAUGGUUCGGCGUGCUAAGAAACAGCUUGCCGAGAAAAAUUUGCUUCCAUAACAUUUCCGAAAUCAAUAUCUGAUUUGAUUUGUCAAUUUAACUCCCCGACUAUUAUUAUAUCUGACUGUUUUACAUAAUUCAUUGAAUUAAUUGUUAUUGAACUGAAUUAACUCUUUCCAUUGUUUUUUUUAUCAAAGAUAAUUCAUAAAUAAAUUAUCAAAUAACCAUAAAA